UAACAAUAGAAUAGAAGCUACCAAAAAGUUGGUGACGAAACUCGAAAGAAUUGGCCGACACUUCAUGAAACAUGGCUGUGUACCAUGCGGAGUGGUUCACGUUAGAUUUACUCACAGCCUUCUGUAUUGGUAUGGUAGUAGCAAACCUCUAGGAGACAUGUAAUCACUUGCCAAAUCUGCCUGCAGUUUCCUGGAUCCUGUCAAACAUUUUGCUUGUACAGUACUUUGCAUGCCAAACUUCCAAGAAUGUUUUUGGUGUUAUUGUGUCCUGGAUUAUUCAAAGGUACAAUUUCAAAGGUUUCUUAUUUCCGCCGUUGGAAUUCAUCGAGUGGGCGGCGCGAAAACAAUGGCCGUUAGAGCGUGAAACAUUCAAAGGUGCAAUGAUUUCUUCAAGUUUUAGCCAGUUGUUGAUUAGACAUAUAGCACGCCCAUUUUAAGAGGAUAUACGUUCGGUUUGCUCGUUCUAAAGGGAAAAUGACUGGCCAAUACUUUCAAGAUGUAUCACGCAUAAUUUUCAAUCCAGACGCUGAAAUCGACGACACGCUCUGCUUCAAAUUUUACAACGCGACAGAAGUUAUCCUGGGGCGUCCUAUGGAAGAGUGGCUACGCUUCUCUGUUUGCUUCUGGCAUUCCUUCCGUGGGACUGGAGCUGAUCCAUUUGGCCAAGCUACAAUUAGGCGAAGCUGGGAUGACGGGUCUGAAACCAUGGAGAACUACAAACGACGGCUAGAAGCAGGCUUCGAAUUUUUCACUAAAUUAGGUGUCAAGUAUUGGACAUUCCACGAUCGCGAUAUAUCACCAGAGGGCCCAACUUUGGCGAUGACAAAUCGUAACCUUGAUGAGAUGACUGACUUAGCCUUGAAUUUGCAGCGCCAGACUGGAAUUCAAUUGUUGUGGAACACGUGCAACCUCUUUGCUCAUCCGCGUUAUGCCAACGGAGCAGCUACUAAUCCUAACGCACAUGUUGUUGCCUACGCUGCAGCCCAGGUCAAGAAAGGCUUGGAAAUAGGCCGCAAAUUAGGAGCCCAGAAUUUCGUCUUCUGGGGUGGCCGUGAAGGUUACAAUUCCCUUCUUAAUACUGAUUUGGAUAUUGAAAUGUCGAAUAUGGCCAAUUUUCUACGUAUGGCACUGGUUUAUAAGAAAAAGAUUGGGUUUGAAGGGCAGCUGCUUAUCGAACCUAAACCCAAGGAACCAACACGUCAUCAGUACGAUUACGACGCUCAAACAGUUACAUCCUUUUUGCGCCAGUUCAAUCUACAAAACGAUUUCAAGCUGAACAUCGAACCCAAUCACACUACUCUCGCUGGGCAUGGAUACGAGCAUGACAUUGUCAUGGCUUCCACUUUAGGGAUGUUGGGAUCAAUCGAUGCCAACACAGGAUCACCAGAUCUCGGCUGGGAUACGGAUCAAUUUCCUAUGGAUAUUCGAGCAUGUACCGCUGUGAUGCUCCAAGUGAUCCGACAGGAUGGUGUACAGCCCGGAGGAUUAAAUUUCGAUGCCAAAGUGCGACGGGAGUCGACAAAUGCCAAGGAUUUAUUCAUAGCACACAUCGGCGCCAUGGAUUCGUUUGCGCGUGGACUACGUAAUGCUGCUAAGAUUAUUGAAGACGGUAUUAUGUCCAAACACUUAAAGGCACGUUAUAUCUCUUUUGAAUCUGGCUUUGGCUUGAAAAUAGCUACAGGACAGGCAGAUUUGCAGGAAUGCGAGGAGUAUGUACACCAACAAGGAGAACCGGAAGCGAUCUCAGGACAGCAGGAGCACUGUGAGGCAAUCUUUAAUCGUUAUUUGUAAAGCUUGAAUGACUUCAACUCUGUCCGUUUACGCAUCGUCGGUUAAGGUUAUUUGAAUAUUGGACGAUUAGCGUUAAGGAAGGUAGUUUAAUAUAGUAAAAUAAUUAGAUGAUAGGGCACUUGACAAAAUUUUCAAACUUCCAUCGUUGGGUAGUCUGUGUUUACACAGCAUGUUUGAAAGGUAGCUUGUUGCUUAGAAUUUCUUCAGUAUUCUUUCGGUGAUAGAAUUUACACAGUUGCAUUUUAA